GGCUCUUUCAGGAUGUCUGGCCGCGGCAAAGGCGGGAAGGGGCUCGGCAAAGGCGGCGCCAAGCGCCACCGCAAGGUGCUGCGCGACAACAUCCAGGGCAUCACCAAGCCCGCCAUCCGGCGCCUGGCCCGCCGCGGCGGCGUCAAGCGCAUCUCCGGCCUCAUCUACGAGGAGACCCGCGGGGUGCUCAAGGUCUUCCUGGAGAACGUGAUCCGGGACGCCGUCACCUACACGGAGCACGCCAAGCGCAAGACGGUCACGGCCAUGGACGUGGUCUACGCGCUCAAGCGCCAGGGCCGCACCCUCUACGGCUUCGGCGAGACCCAGCCUGUUACAACACGACGUAGAACAAACCGCUGGGCUUCAGUUCGGGGUCCCCCGCCUUCCAGCCAGGGACCGGUACCGGGCCGCACAGAUGCAGGUGAGCGACAGAAGCUUCAUCUCGCUCCCCAUUGCUCACAUGACCGCCUGAGCUCCACCAUCCCCCUCCCGUUCUGGGAAAUUUUCUUCCUGAAACCAGUCGUCGGUGCCAAAAAGGUUCCGGACAGCUGCUUUAAAGGUACUAUACUAAAUACUUUAAUGUCAAUCAACACUCAAGUAUGGUUACACCUUCGUGCCUCUUCUCAACAGCAUCAGCUGCCUGUUUCUGUGACCUGGAGUUCACAAGUGUCCUGACUCUGGUGCUAGCAGUUCACACUUUUUGCAAUUUCAGAUACGUACUCCUGAGCAUGUACCACCACUUCCCUUAAAAACCUUUAUCUAAAUUAAAGUAUUCCUAUGUCCCUACUUGUGGAGCACUUACGCACUUGACUGACUUCCACUUUUCCCCCGAUUUUAAGUACGUACCUACAGCUCUAAUAUUAACAACUGAGUGGCUC